AUGGAGGAGGGGGAUUCGAAUUCUUCUUUUUUUCAUGCUUAUGCCAAUGCAAGGAGUAACAAUUGGAUCAAUAAUAUAAAAACUAAUUCAGGUAUAUUAACUGAAGAUCCUUCUGAAAUUCAAAAAGUCUUCUCUGAUUUUUUCAAAUCAAAGUGGCGGCAUAAAGACUGUUAUCUGGAAGAUUGGCCGAAGCCUUGGGAUUCCAUUUCAGAAGAAGACCAAAGGUGUUUAAAUGUGGAAAUCAUGAAGGAAGAGAUGCUGGCGGUGGUUAAGUCUUCAGGAAAGAACAUUUCACCGGGAAUUGAUGCUAGAAGUGCAUUAUUGGUUAUCAAGAUUGAUAUGGAGCAAGCCUAUGAUAGUAUGGGGUGGCAAGCUGUAAGGCAAGUUCUUAUGCACUUUAAAUUUCCUAUCAAAUUCUCGGAGCUUUUAAUGCAAUGUGUAUUAGAUCCUAAAUAUUGCAUUUUGAUUAAUGGGAAGAAGACCGAUUGGAUUAUAGGCAAAAGUGGCUUUAGACAAGGAUAUCCCUUGUCUUCUUACUUGUUUAUUUUAUGCUCUCAAAUCCUUUCUGAUGCUCUCUAUCUCCAUAGAAGUGGAAUGGGUAUUUCUAUUACUCCUAAUGCUCCUAAUGUUUCCCAUUUACUUUAUGCCGAUGAUAUUCUUAUUUUUUCAAAGGCAAUUGUUAGUGAAGUGAAGGAGUUAAAAAAUAUUGUCACCAAUUUUUGCAAUUGGACUGGACAAACCGUUAAUGCAUCCAAAUCUUUGAUUAUUUUUGGGAAACACGCUUAUAGGAGAAAGAAGAACAAAAUCUCUUCUAUUCUUCAGUUCAACAUUGUGAAUGAAUUUAAUUAUCUUGGUGUUAAGAUGACUCUUAGAAGGACGAUAGCUUCAGAUUUUCAAAAUCUGAUGGACGUGGCCACCAACAAGUUGAACACGUGGGGGAAUUUUAUUUCUUUGGAAGGGAAGUUGGUUCUUGUAAAAACUGCUUUUCUUUGUCUUCCAAUGUUCCUAUCUUCUAUAUCUUUAGUUCCAUUAUCAAUUCCCAAGGAAUUUGAUAAAAUGUGUAGAAGCUAUCUAUGGAACAAAAGCAAUGGGAGAACCGGUUUGCAUUAUGUAUCUUGGGAAUUAUCAUGUAAAUCAAAAAAGGAAGGAGGAAGAGGUUUGUUCUCAGCUGUAUCCAGAAUAGGUCCACUUCAAGCUAAAUUUGCUUGGGAAUUCCUCAUGAAGCCUAAUUCUCUUCUCAAUCAGAUUAUCAAAGGCAAUGUUUUCAUCCACGACGGAGAUUGGAAUCUUAGCCUACUACAGGAUCAUUUUGGUAGGCAACUAUUGGAUGUUAUUGUUCAUAUUCCCAUAGUUACGGAAGAGACUGAAGAUCAAAUUGAAUUGAAGAAGAAAGCUACGGGUAAACCCAUUGCUGCUCUUUGUCUUGAAGCAAAUUUUGAUAGCAAACCGGAAGAAUGUCACUGGAAUUGGAUGAAAGCUAUUAAGCUAAGACCAACGAUUGAUUUAUUUUGGUGGAGACUAUACAACAAAGCUAUACCUUCUUGUGAUUUUUUAGUCAAAAGAAAAAUUUCCAGCCAAACAAGUUGUCCGAGAGGUUGUAUAGAGAAUGAAGACAACUGUCAUAUAACUGCUAGAUGCAAUAAAUUACAGAGAUGUAUCAUCUUUCUUAAUAGAUGGGGGUUCAAUAUUCCGUUGUUUGAAGAUUUUAAAUCUUGUUUGGAUGGAUUAGACAAAGCUUCAACUACUAAUCCAUUGAUGGCAAAUAUUUACUGCACAGCGGUUUUCUUAACCUGUAAGAGUAGAUGCAAGCUUGUUCAUGGGAAGAUUGAAGAUUCUGAUUUUUAUAUUGCUGCAAACACUGUCUCAUUAACCAUGGUUAGUAAUUUUAUCAAUAUUCAUCUGAAAAACUGGGAUACUAAUCAGCUCAUGUUGUCUUCUUCUUGGUGUCCCCCUCCAACCGGUUGGAUAAAGAUAAAUAUUGAUGCCUCGCUCAAAAGUAAUUAUUUAGCAGGUAUUGGUGGCGUCAUAAGGGAUGAUAAAGGCAGAUCUUUAUUAGCUUUUGGUACCCAUUAUUUGCAUUGGGACAUAUCACAAGUGGAGUUAAUGGAAGUUUACUACUUGAAGAAUAUAUUGAGAGAUUGGAUGCAUGAAGCUCAAGGAGUUAUCAUUGAAGGGGAUAAUCUCAAUAUCUUCAAAGUCCUUCAAUCAAAUUUGAAGAGAUGGAAGAAAAAUGGAAGUAUUAAGGAGGAUCUUGCUUUUAUUCAAGAAUUUAACCAGGUGCUGGAGCUUCCCCUUCUUCAGAAUCCUCACUAG